CGCGACGAUCGAAGAACUGUUCUGAAAUUUCCUGGUGGAAAUUCUGUGUGUUGCAGGUCGGCCUUGCAGACGCUGCACAAGGUGUCGAGUAAGGCACGCGAGCAGAAUUACUUCCUGGGUGGGCUGUCGCACGACUGGGUCAGUUACUAUGAGCAACGAAUCGAGAGCGAUCGCUCGUGUCUCAACGAGUGGCAUGCCAUGGACAAUCUGGAAUCUCGAAGACCACCGUCGCCGGACAGCGUGCGCACCAAACCCAGAGAAAGGGACGAGACUGAGCGCGUGAUCCGAUCGACGUUGAAGGAGAUCAUGAUGUCCGUGGACCUCGAUGAGGUAACCUCGAAGUACAUUCGAGGUCGUCUCGAGGAAGACCUCGACAUGGAUCUCGGGGAGUUUAAGCCAUUCAUCGAUCAGGAGAUGCUCACCAUUCUGGGUCAGAUGGACGCGCCGACUGAGAUAUUUGAUCACGUUUACCUAGGAAGCGAGUGGAACGCGAGUAACUUGGAGGAGCUCCAGAAGAACGGUGUCAGACAUAUUCUGAACGUGACUCGGGAGAUUGACAACUUCUUCCCCGGAAUGUUCACGUAUUUGAACGUACGCGUGUACGACGACGAGAAGACGGACCUGCUGAAGCACUGGGACGACACGUUCAAGUACAUCACCAAGGCGAAGAAAGAGGGUUCGAAGGUGUUGGUGCACUGCAAGAUGGGGGUGUCCAGGUCUGCCUCGGUGGUGAUCGCGUACGCGAUGAAAGCCUACAACUGGGACUUCUCUCAGGCGUGGAAGCACGUGAAGGAGAAGCGGAACUGCAUCAAGCCUAACAACAGCUUCCUGCUUCAACUGGAGACCUAUCAGGGCAUACUGGACGCCAUGAAGAACAAAGAGAAGCUUCAGAGGUCCAAGUCGGACACGAACUUGAAGUCGCCCACGUCGACGAAGGACCAAUCGAAGAAGGAAGAAAAGUCUGACAACGUGGACAAUGGCCUGCAGAAUGUAUCCGGCUCUGAAUUGAAGAAGACCAGCCAGAGGCCGAAAAGUUGGUCGCCGAACGUCAAGAUCAGCGAAAUCAUGUUGCCUCCUGUUCCUCUUUCGCAAUCGCUGGAGAGCAUCGACAAGGCAGGGAACACGGAAGUGACCAGGGAAGAUCUCUUACGUUCGAGCAGCCAGAAAACAAGCAUGCCGCAGGAAGCUCGGAACGUUUUGAUGCCGUGCGGCAACGGACAGUCGUACAGCGUGUCGCAGAACAAGAUCGUGCAUCUACCAGGUCCUCCCUCGUUGGACACGCCGAGCGUGAAGAACCGAGUCAGCAAGUUGGAAACGCAACAGGGUCAAAGGAGAAAGGGUCUGGUGCUGAACCUGACGAAUCAAUUCGAAGCGGUCAGCAGCAAGCCGUCUUCCCCGAGCUCUGACUCGGACGGGAAAUCUGCGUUGUCGCAGAGCCCGGUUUCUGACUCUGUGAACGAGAACGGAGUGCUCGGUGUGCAGCAGCAGCAGCAUUCGUCGGAAGGUUGUUCAUUGUCGACGGUGGCGGUGAAGCAGAACGUGUGGGAUCCCGGCGAGAAGCAGCAAGACAAGAAAACGGAGAUCGAUAGUAAUAGUGAAUGUCUAGUCUGGACUACUGCAUCAUCGUCCGAUGCAACAAGUACCAAUUCGUGUAGUAACGCUAAGACUAACGGGGAAGUGAACGCGGAGAGUGAGUGUGUCGCGGCGAGAACGACGAUAGUAGUGUAUCCGGGCGCUACGUUGCCGCGGAAGAGCAAGAAAGACGGGGAUCCGUUUAGCACGCACGUCGACCGAGUGUUCGACCGUGAGGAGAGGCAAGGCGAGCCGGUGACGAGGGACUCGCCGAGUCGGCAGAGCUCUUGGAGCAGUUACGACAGUGCCGUGGUCCUCGACAACAAUUCGGUGCACAGUUCCUGGACCACGUUACCGUCGAGAAACAGUUCCUGGGGCUCGUACGACAUGCGGCCGUCGGAUUUGCUCGGCUCCAGCGGCCUCUUCCCUUACGACAAGGAGGAGAUACCUUGGCAUCCAGGUACCGUGAAACGUACCAAGCAGAAGCUCGAGGAGAACACCAGCUCAGGGACCGUGAAACGCGUGUGCACGCAAAACUCCGACACGGAGGAGAAAGAUCGAUUGCCCGUCGAGGAGGAAUCGUACAACCCAGCUCUGCUUCUCCACCAUACCGCGUCCCCAACGCCGCGACGGAGGGACUCUUCGCCCAGCCAAGAACACAAUUUAAAGGUAGACCCCGCUAGAAACUCCCCGAGUCCCGUCAGAGGGAUCGACAUCUCGCCAGCGUCGAUUCGCCAAGUAGGAAGACUGUCGACGAGCGCGCCAGCGCCCUCUUCUCUCUCCUCCGACACGGAUCUCCCCUCGUCGUUGAGGCCUUGCAGGUCAGAGAGCGAGACGUCUAGCCCGUGCGUGGUGAACACCACGCAGUGUCCCUCGGUGAAACACCACAAGAUGGUCCUCGAGAAUCUGAGCAAUAAAUCUAUAUUCAACAAACGUUGUCUGUCGGUAGACGACUCGCCGGACACCGAAUGUCCACGAAGUACCACCACCUCCGGUAUCGUGAAGAAUCUCAAGAAGGAGUUCGAGGCGAAGUCCACCAAGCCGGAGAAGAGUCCGGAGAACAGUUUCGAGAACGACUCGCCGAUCACGGCCGCUCGGCCGAAAAGGGACGUGAAGAUCAGAAGUUUGCCCUCGUCGCCGGUGAUCCCUCACAACGAGUCCAAGAUCCACGCCUCGGCCGAGAACAAAGAGAAAGAGAAGUCGUGCGUCGACUCGGUCGCGUCCACGCAGGACAACUUGGAGGACAGAUCGGUGAGAGUUCUUGUGGGCAAGUACGAGGUGAAACCCGAGUCGAGGAAGUCCACGGAGAUCCAGCUACGCGUGCACAAAGACAAGGAUUGGGAAUCGAUGGAGCACUCGCAGCACAGUAAUAAGGCGAAAAUCGGUCUAGAGUAUAGCAGAAGGUCCGCGCCGAUCAUGAUCAACAACCAUUCGUCCGCUCCUUUGUUCAAUGAAGCGCCGGAAGCACCUGGCAGGCCACCAGUUCCAUCGGCUGGAGUUGUGGCAGCUAGCAAAAAGCAACAACAGCACGGCAGGACGCAUCCUCUUGCCAGGCUGCAGGUCAGGCCUAGGCACAGCAGUCCGGUUUACAACACCAUAGACCACGGAGGAAAAUGGCGGACCUCGAGGCGGUGCUGGCCGACGUCAGCUACUUGAUGGCCAUGGAGAAGAGCAAGAGCACACCGGCUGCCCGUGCGAGCAAGAAGAUCAUCCUGCCGGAUCCU